AUGUUCAUCUCACAACCUACAAGGUCAACUUGCAUUGGAAUUGACUUAGGAACAACAAAUUCAUGUAUGUGUGUUUUUGAUAAAACAACACCUCGAAUUCUUGAGAAUGCAGAAGGAAAACGAACAACACCAUCUUGUGUUUCUUUUACACCAACAGGAAUAUUAGUUGGAGAAGCAGCAAAACGAAUGGAAGCAUUACAUCCAACAACUACUAUCAGUGGAAUUAAGAGAAUGAUAGGGUGUCAAUACAAAAGUGAUAAACAAGAAAGAAGACCUUAUAAAAUUGUUAAAGGAAGGAAUGGAGAAGGAUGGAUUCAUAUUAAUGGGAAGACAUAUUCUCCAACAGAAAUUUCAUCAAUGAUUCUUAAGAAAUUAAAAAAAGAUGCAGAGGCUAAACUAGGGAAAAGAGUAGAUGAAGCAGUUAUCACAUGUCCAGCAUAUUUUAAUGAUGCACAAAGACAAGCUACUAAAGAUGCAGGAACACUUGCAGGAUUAAAAGUUAAAAGAAUUAUUAAUGAACCAACAGCAGCAGCAUUAGCAUAUGGAAUAGAUACAAGAAAAGAAAAUGAAGGAAAGAAUAUUGCAGUUUAUGAUCUUGGAGGAGGAACAUUUGAUAUUUCUAUUCUUAAUAUUAAUAAAGGAAUUUUCCAAGUUAAAGCAACUAAUGGAGAUACAAUGCUUGGAGGAGAAGAUUUUGAUAAAGCUAUUUGUCAAUACAUUUCGAAAGAAUUUGAAAGAAAAUAUAAACGAAAUCUUCAAGGAAAUAAAAAAGGAAUUAGUAGAAUUAAAGAAGUAGCAGAGAAAGUAAAAUGUGAAUUAUCAUCAAGUGAAGAAAGUAUAAUUUCAUUACCAUAUCUUGAUGGACAAGAUUCACUUGAAAUUACAAUUAAUAGAAGAAAAAUUGAAGAAUUAUGUAAAAAAAUUUGUAAAAGAACAGAAUAUCCUUGUAUUCAAUGUAUGAAAGAUGCAAAAUUAAGAAAAAAAGAUAUUAGUGAUGUUGUACUUGUUGGAGGAAUGACAAGGAUGCCUUUAAUUCAAAAUA